AUGCCGUCCGCGAAGGAAGUAUCGGAGGCGCGCGCCUACGCGCAGGCGCAGGAGGAGGCCGCCGAGAAGCGGAAGCUACAGAACAUCAGCGAGGCAGAGCUGAAUGAGCUGGACACCCUCACGAACGACCAGCUGCGCACACGUGCCCGCAACCUGCACCAGGAGACACAGACGCUCCGCAGCUUCGAGAACCGAUCCAAGCAGGAGUUGAUCACCCUCAAGCGGGACGUGGAGAUGGGGAAGAAGCGUAUCAAGGAGAACAACCGCCUGCCUUACCUCGUCGCGAGCAUCGCCGAGGUGCUCGACUUAAGCGACGACGAGGACGAGGCCGAGGAGCUGGCGGUCGGCCGCAAGAAACCUGAGCGGAAGCAGAAGAGUGCUGUGGUGAAGACGACGAAUCGCUACACUGUGUUUUUGCCCGUGGCCGGCCUCGUCGACGCGGAGAGGCUGUCGCCGGAGGAUCUUGUAGGAGUGAACAAGGACACGUUUCUAGUGCUCGACAAGCUGCCGCCAGACUAUGACAGCCGUGUCAAGGCUAUGGAGAUCGAUGAAAAGCCCAAGGAGAAAUACACAGAUGUUGGUGGGCUGGACAAGCAAAUCAACGAGCUAAUUGAAGCUGUGGUGAUGCCCAUUACACACAAGGAACAGUUCGAGAAGAUCGGCAUCCAGCCUCCAAAGGGUGUACUGCUGUACGGGUCGCCCGGCACAGGCAAGACGAUGCUGGCGCGUGCCUGUGCGGCGGCGACAGAUGCGUGCAUCCUGCGCCUUGCCGGGCCACAGCUCGUGCAGAUGUUCAUCGGCGACGGUGCCCGCAUUGUGCGCGAUGCGUUUGCCCUGGCGAAGAAGAAGGCGCCGUCCAUUAUCUUCAUCGAUGAACUCGAUGCCGUCGGCUCGAAGCGAUCGGACGAGGGCAAGCACGGCAGCCGUGAGGUACAGCGUACCAUGCUGGAAUUGCUCUCCCAGUUGGAUGGCUUCGGCAGCAGCGACGAUGUGAAGGUGAUUGCCGCUACUAAUCGUAUUGAUGUACUUGACCCAGCGCUGCUGCGCAGUGGGCGUCUGGACCGAAAGGUGGAGUUUCCGAUGCCGGACGAGGAAGCACGCGCCAGCAUUUUGGAGAUUCAUUCGCGCCGCAUGAAUCUCGACAAGGACGUGAAUUUCAAGGAGCUUGCCCGAUGUACUGAUGACAUGAAUGGUGCGCAGCUCAAGGCUGUGUGCGUCGAGGCAGGCAUGCUGGCUCUGCGCCAUGAUCGCACCUAUGUGGCCCACGAGGACUUUGUUGAGGGUGUGGCCGCAGUGCAGGCGCGCAAGAAGACAAACCUCAACUACUACGCCUAA